CUCAUUCCCCCCCUCCUUAAGACCCCGCGCCCGCGAGCUCUCGCCGCAGCCUGACCACCGCACAAGACACCGACCAAGAAGCACUCACUCCGAGCCCGCUGUGAGAGAGAGAGAGAGAGAGAGGAUGUACUUCCGGCCGCCGCCCAAGGAGCCCGAGUGGUACGCGGGGGAUGCGGAGGCGGGGCAGGCGGCGUGGCCGCUGUACCCGAUGAUGCUGGAGGACCCGCGGCUGCGAUGGGCCUUCAUCCGGAAGGUGUACAGCAUCCUCUCCAUCCAGAUGCUGCUCACCGUCGCCGUAGCAGCCGUCGUCGUCUACGUGCGCCCCAUCGCGCUCUUCUUCGUCUCCACGCCCGGGGGGUUGGGCCUCUACAUCUUCCUCAUCGUCCUCCCAUUCAUCGUGCUGUGUCCUCUGUACUACUACUACCAGCACCACCCGGUGAACCUGCUGCUCCUCGGCCUCUUCACCGUCGCCAUCAGCUUCGCCGUCGGCCUCACCUGCGCCUUCACCAAAGGGGUGGUGAUUCUGGAAUCGGCCAUCCUGACGUCGGUGGUGGUGCUGAGCCUGACGGCGUACACGUUCUGGGCGGCGAAGCGCGGGCACGACUUCAGCUUCCUGGGCCCGUUCCUCUUCGCGGCCGUCAUGAUCCUCGUGGUGUUCGCGCUCAUCCAGCUCUUCUUCCCGCUGGGCCGCAUCUCGCUGAUGAUCUACGGCGGGCUGGCGGCGCUGAUCUUCUGCGGGUACAUCAUCUACGACACGGACAACCUCAUAAAGCGCUACUCGUACGACGAGUACGUCUGGGCCGCCGUCGCGCUCUACCUCGACGUCGUCAACCUCUUCCUCUCCCUCCUCACGCUCUUCCGCGCCGCCGAUUCCUGAGCUGAGACAGCUGACACUGCCAGUGAUAGAAUAUUGGAAUGUGCUUUGCCUUGGCAUGCGUCUGAUUUCUGCUUGAAUUCGUCUGUAGAGUAAAAUAAUUGUUUUGUUUACGUG